AUGGCAGCAAAAGGUUCAUUUUCAUCUUCUUCGGGUGUGCACAAUCGAGGAAGGAAUAGGGAUGAGUUUGAUUGUGUGAGCUGCGAUUGUGGAUUGCAAUCAGUCGUGAGGACUUCAUGGACCAAGCGGAAUCCUGGGAGAAGGUUCAGAACUUGCACCAGAUCUGAUGGGGGUUGUGAUUUCUUUCGGUGGGUCGAUUCAGAGUCUUCAUCAUCUCGAAGAGGUAUGGUUCCAGGAUGGGUGAGAAGCUUCGGGGCAGAGGAUGGAAUACAUGUUAAAAAUGAUGUUGCUUGUAAUGUUUGUGCUCACUUCUUUAUAUUUGGUGCACUAGAUAAAAACUCAAGUGUUAUUUAUUUUACAAAUUGGUUUUCUUAUUUCUCAAUGGAAUUGACAGAGAAAAGAAGUGCAUCAAUAUUAUUUCUUAAUGAUGUUCAACAACCUCCUGUAAUGUUAAACACAGAUUUUUUGCAAGAAAGAUAA